AUGCCCCGCACCUCCAAACAGAGCUGCGACUUACGUUUUGAAUCUCUGCAGAUCCGACUCAAAGCGGCUCCUCGGAUGAGGCUGUCGCAGGCGGAGCCCUACCAGUCGUGGAGCACCGACAGCAACUUUCCCAUGUUACCCUUGUUCUCCCCGCGUCAUCCUGAGACCAAGUUUGACGGUAGUCCAGGUUACGUGACCGAGGGCUUCCUGUACCUGCAGCGGCAGGUGUUCAAGCACACACUCGAGUUCCUGCAGGCGCAGGAGCAGCACUACCCGGAAGAGCCUCCACCGAUCACGCACCUGAGGCUCCAGCGGUUCCCGCUACCGCCGCACACGGUGGACAGCUUCUACUUCAUCGUCCAGUACUUCCUGCCCAUCAUUGUGCUGCUCAGCUUCAUCUACCCAUCGCUGGCCGCCGUCCGCCAGGUCGGCUACGAGAAGGAGUCUGGCAUGAAGGACCUGCUUGAGAUGAUGGGCGUGAACCCCUGGCUAAACUACGCGGCCUGGUUCUUCGCCACGUUGGCCGUGAUGACUGCCAGCUCCGGGCUGCUGGUGAUCGUGGUCACGGCGCCGCUCUCGAGCCACGGGCCUGUGCUGCGCAACAGCGACCCGGCCGUCUUCUUCCUGCUACUUGUCGCGUAUUCGGCCAGCUCGACUUCGUUCUCAUUUUUCGUCGGAUCGUUCUUCAACAAUGCGAACACUUCGGUGGCGGCGCUGGCCGUGGCCUACAUCACGACUUUCUCGCCCUUCCUGUUCUUCUUCUCGAUUAACGACGACCACACGCUUCCCACAUUGGUGGCCGCCUGUCUGCUCUGCAACACUGCACUGCCCGUGGGCAUCACCGUGACCACGUUACUCGAAGCGAGUGGUGACGGUAUCCAGUGGCGCAACCUUGACGUGAACCCCAACCCUGGUCAAGGCCUGUCGUUAAUGUCGGUCAUACUGCUGCUUGUCUUCGACACCUUUAUGUACAUCGUGGUGCUCUGGUACGUGGAGGUGCUGGCCGCCAAAAACGCGGACAUAUUCUUCGAAGAGUUUGUUUCCAAGGAGCCUGCGGGAGUUCGGCUCGUCAACCUCACCAAGGUGUACGGCAAGACUACGGUGGUAAGCAACAUAAACUUGGAGGCGUCCAAAGGGUACAUAACUGUUCUGCUCGGCCACAACGGUGCGGGCAAGACUACUACCAUGCGAAUGAUUACCGGGCAGCUGACCCCUUCGAGUGGCUCGGUGUUCAUCGAGUCCCAGGACGUGAACGUCAACAGCCGGGCGGCGCACCAAAGCUUGGGCGUAUGUCCGCAGACGGACAUCCACUUCCGAGAGAUGACUGUCUUUGAGCACCUCUACUUCUUCUCCAGGCUGAAGAAGGUUCCGUACAGCGAUGUCCACGAACAGACAUUCAACCUGCUUGUUCUGAUGAACAUGGUGUCCAAGACGGACACUUUCGCCAAGCACUUGUCCGGGGGCAUGAAACGGAAGCUGUCCAUAGCCGUGGCGCUCAUUGGACACUCCAAGGUUGUGAUCCUAGAUGAGCCAACGGCUGGCAUGGACCCGGCUGCCCGGCGGGACAUGUGGGACUUGCUCCUGUCGGAGAAGGCACAACGCACCAUACUGCUCACCACGCAUUCUAUGGAAGAGGCUGACGCCAUUGGGGAUCGUAUCGCCAUCAUGGCCAAUGGCAUUGUCCAGUGCUGUGGCUCACCCUUCUUCCUCAAGAAGAACCUUGGUGCGGGCUACCACAUGGCGAUCUUGAAGAAGCCCCAAUGCGACCCGCAUGCCGUGAUGGACGUGGUCGCUGCGUUCGCGCCAUCGGCCGAGCUCGAGAGCAACGUGGGCGCGGAGAUGGCGCUGCGCAUCGGGCGCGACGAUCAGCCGGCCUUCAAGCACCUCUUCAGCCACCUCGAAGAGAACAAGGAGAAGCUCGGCAUCGCCAGCUUCGGCGUCUCUGUCACCACGCUCGAAGAGGUCUUUCUUCGAGUUGGCGACUACGCUGCCACAGCAAUGUCCAGACUUCGGAUGCCUGAGCCUGACCAACUGCGCGACACUGAAGCCGAUACGCUUCUGGGCGCACUGCACUUCUCGGACCCGCUGCGGCACGGAAGCCCGGUGGCCGGCAGCGCCCCGCCACGGCGCAACGGCGGCUCGCGGCUGCUGCUGCAGCAGACGUGGGCGCUGCUUGUGCUGCACUCGCUUCACAGCCGGCGCAACUGGGCGUUCACGCUGUCGCAGUUGCUCGUGCCGGUGUUCGUGGUGGCCUACACGCUCACCUGGAUCGACAGCCUGCCCAAGGUGCACAAGCCGGGGCCCCGCGUGCUCGACGUGAACCAAGUGUUCGCCAACGACGUACCGUACGCUUUCCACGGAGGGGCUUCCGCCUCGCUGGCCAGGCAGUUCAAAAGGCAGUUCUCCAGCAAGGUGAAUCCUAUACUGGUGGAGACGGGAAGCGUGGAAAGCUACCUGGUGAACGCGUCUGUGCUACAAGGCAACACCUUCCUGACGAGUACGCUGAUCGCGGCCAGCUUCGAAGACGAGGGGCCAGGUGGCAGCGUUCGCUCGGCUAGGCUGCUAUUCAACAACCAGGUGUACCACACGCCGGCGCUCGCCAUGGCCGCCUACCAGAGGGCGCUUCUGCACGAGACAUUCGACAACGCGUCACUCAAGCUCACCGUGGUCAACCAUCCGUUCCCUAGGGUGGUCGAGGAGAAGGCCAACAAGCUUAUCACAAUGCACCGCGAGAGCUUCCAGAUAGGCCAGCAGACCAUCUUCGGCACCUCGUUCCUGAUCGCCAGUUUCUCGGUGUUUCUGGUGCUGGACCACGUGAGCAACUCGCGCCACCUGCAGCGCAUCUCGGGCCUCAACAUGAUCGCCUAUUGGGCGGCCUACGCCAUUUGGUCGCUGCUCCUCUACAUCUCAUCGUGCCUGCUCGUCAUGUCCACCUUCCGCCUCUUUAACACCCAGGGAUUCACCCACCUGCGCGAGCGAGCGGUAAUGCUCCUGCUGUUCUUCUACUUCGGCACCUCGUGGCUGCCCAUGAUCGCGGCGAUGUCGUUCUGCUUUCGCACCCACACGGCCGCCUACGUUCGGAUCGCCACAGUCUUCUUCGCUGCAGGCGUGUGCGGCCUGGUGUUGGUGGCGGUGCUCGAGUGGAGGGGCAAGCCCGGUUUAGAGGACGUGAUCGACACCGUGGACUCGGUGUUUACGUACAUGCUGCCGAUGUACGCGCUGGGGCGAGCCUUCUCCCGCCUGUACCGCAACGCGCACUUCAACAUCGUCUGCAACGACUACUACACGCAGAACGUCCUCUGCGAGAUCGCGCCCAACCGGGCGCGCUAUUGCUGCAAGGACUACUGCCGCCCGAACGAGUGCAUCGACUGGCAGCCGGACCUGCUCUCGUGGGGCUCGCCGGGCAUCGCGCGUGCACUGCUGUCGUUCAUCCUGCACACGCUGCUGGGACUGGCUGUGCUCUGCGCAUGCGAGGCGAAUGCCGGCUUCUUCACCGAACGGCUCACCCUCAGCGGCUCGGCUAGUCGCAAGUCGGUCGCAGAUGAUACUAGAAGGCCUCAUAAAAGUGCAAAAAAAAGAAAGAAACAAGAGCACACACGCGGCUACCGGUUCUGGUUUAUAGGUGUGUGUGUGAGACCACGUGAGAUGUUAAACACGCGGUUAAACGGUAGAACCGUGUCCCCAUGCUGGUCGUCCCCUCGGCACCAGCAGCAGAUGCAGGAGGACGAUGACGUGGCGGAGGAGAAACAGCGCGUACUCUCUUCGAGCGUGUCGGAGCUGGCGAAGCGCGACGUGCUGGUGCUGCGGCGGAUGUCGCGUGUCUACGGCUCGUUCUGCGCCGUGCACGAGCUCUCGUUCGGCGUGCGCAAGGGCGAAUGCUUUGGCCUGCUCGGCAUCAACGGCGCCGGCAAGACGACCACCUUCAACAUGCUCACCGCCACCAUCGGGCCCAGCGCUGGCGAGGCCUUCGUCGACGGCUAUUCGGUCACCAACGAUACGAAGCAGGUUCGCCGGCGGAUCGGCUACUGCCCGCAGACGGACGCGCUGCCGGGCUUCCUGACAGGCCGCGAGGUGCUGACGCUGUACGCGCGCAUCCGGGGCAUACCCGAGAACCGCCUCGGGGACGUGUGCCGCGCGCUCGCGCAGCUCUUCUACUUCACGCCCCACUUGGAUAACACACUGGACACCUACAGGCACGCUGCAUGCUCCAUCGAGUGUUGUUUCAGCGCGCACGAGCGGGUCAUCUUGCAACGCGUCCCUUUCAACUGAUGCAGUGGCGGCAACAAGCGCAAGGUGAGCACAGCAGUGGCGUUCAUGGGCAGCCCGCAGCUGGUGAUUCUGGACGAGCCGUCCACCGGCAUGGACCCGGUGGCCAAGCGUUGCGUUUGGCACACGCUGCAGGAGCUCAUCGUCCGCGGCUGCAGCAUCAUUCUCACCUCUCACAGUAUGGAGGAGUGCGAGGCCAUGUGCAGCCGGCUGGCGAUCAUGGUGAACGGCCGCUUGUGCUGCCUCGGCUCGCCGCAGCACCUCAAGAACAAGUUCGGCAGCGGCUACUCCAUCAUGAUCAAGGUGGCCGGCGCCAAGCCGUCGGCCACGUCGCUCACGUCGCACAGCUCGUUCAGCAGCAAGGACGAGUCGUUGGGCACCGAGGUGGACGGUGUCAAGAACUACAUGCAGGCGCGGCUGCCGGGCAUCGAGCUGAUCGGCUCGCACAACGGGCUGCUCGAGUUCCACCUGUCAGCGCCCGACUUGAGCUGGGCCGAGGUGUUCGACGUCAUGGACCAGGCCAAGGGCGUCUUCAACGUGGCCGACUACUCGGUGGCGCAGCUGACGCUCGAGCAGGUCUUUCUGCACUUCGCCAUGCUCCAGCGGGAGGACAACAAGUGACGCUGCACGCCAUUGUGUAUAUAGUCGCCUUAUAUUUUGACUGCUUUCAAUAUCGAUCGGCGCACUUCCAUCUGCGGGAACCUGAACCGGGCGGAAGUGUUCGUUCGCACCGUGUCGACGGCGCCGUCGCUAACCAUGGUGUCUCGGAAGUCCGAGCCUCGCAGCAGAUUGCAAAUUGCACAUUUUGAGUCAUAGAUCACCCAGUUGCAUUACAGUGCGAAUUGAUUUGUACAUAUUCAUACUUGUAUGGAUUGAUUGUGCAUGACUAGUGGUAGCUUUGUCGUUGACAGGCGCGCUGCUAGCUUUUUUUCUGUUCUUGAAGAUUCGCAUUUACCAAUUCUGUCGCUGCGCGCAAAGUACCGAACUAUCAUAAAGGUGCGCACGUAUCUGAAGCAAAUUCUUGUACCUGUUUUGAUGAUCUCAUAUCGCUGUUUAGACUUGCCCGAUUUGUGUGCGCGAGAACAGGAAGAUUGUUCGGUGCCGCAACAGCUGCAAUGGCGGAAGCGUGCCAUGGACAUGCGCGCGAAACGAACCCACGGACGUGUGCGCAUGUCGUAGUUCAACCAGGCCACACAUGCAGGCCACGUACGACAUAUACGUAUACAAGGUGUUUUCUGGAGCGCUUUUAUGUCGUGAAACUGCCGUAACUGAAACGUCAGUAGUGUCCGUUGGUUCCUACUUGUGCCCGCAACCAAAUGCACACACGUGCCAAAUUUUUCAUUGCCACGCCUCUUUUUUACUCUGUCCACAUUGAUGUAUAUUUCAUCGUAAAAGUGCACAUAAUUCUGUGCAAGUACUCGCACUUGUCUUUCAGUGCGAAAUGCGAAACGCAAGCAUCAUUCCCUGCGAGCAAUUCGUAAUGUUGGCGAACACUUCAGCGCCGGUUGUUCCGCUUCCGGUCUGUUCUUGCUACUUUCGUUGUGUAUAGCAUUUUGCACAUAAAUCUGAACACGUUGUUCCGUGUUGUGCCUGGAUGCUUUGUCGCACAGAAAUUGAUGCAAAACACUGACAACCACGUGAUAGUUGCCUGGUGUUAUGGUAAGCUAGUUGCGUAGUUUCGUUU